AAUGCAACGAGUACCAUAAUAUGUUCAAAGACCUGUAGUUUAAGACUCUUUCCGUUAGUCUUUCAAAUAGACACCUGAUAAAGAAAACUCAUAUGCAUAAUUACAAAAACGAAAACCUAUACAAGCUUAUCCAUAAUAUCAAUCCACUUAGACCCUCCAAAAACCAGAAAUGCGUCCCAAUUCUUCCCAACCUAGACAACCUUCAGUUCAAGUUGUUCCAAGACCAUCCUCAGCAUCUAAUGAUAAAAGAGCAUUUUCUAAUCAAAAACAACCAUCUAGAUGUUCAUUUAAGGAAUUAAAGAACUCAACAUACAUUCAACCAUAAUAAGCUACACCUUAAUCAAGAUAUUAUUCAUUAAAAUAAGUUCCAGAUACUACUCUUGUGAAAUCAUAAUCUAAUUAACAGUUGCCAAACAAAUAAAUUGAUUAAUCCGAAUAUAAAAAAUUACACGAAAAAUUGUUAUUUUUAGAAAACAAGAUAAAUAAAAUUAAAUCUAAUAUUGAAAUAAGUAAUUCUUAAUUACAAAAAUAAUCUGAAAGAGCUAAAUAAAAGCCAGUAGGUUUAGCUGCUAAAUUCUUUUAAAAAAAAGAUUAAGAAAAUAAUGAACCCAAAGAAUCAAGUACACCAAAAGAAUUAACUAAAUGUGCCACUGCUCUUAAUUUAUAACUCAAUAAAGCUUUAAAAUAAAGUCAAAUAGGAAAGGAAAAAUAAACUAGUGUUAAUCUAGAUCAGUUCGUUACAUAAGUUAAACAAUUAAAAAAACCAAUUUAACCAUAAUAAUCCUAACUUAGCAGACAUUAAUCUUUAGAAAUUAGUUAAACAGUCAUUCCAUCCACAAAAACAGUCAUUAAUGAAAAAUCAUAUUCCUCAUAAAAACCUAAAAAGGAUGACACAGUAAUUAUUUAAUAUCAUUAUCUAGUUUAUGUAUUAUAUUUCAAGUGUAAUAAGAGUAUUAGUUCAAGAAUAGAUUACUAAAAAUGAUGAAGUUGUUAGAGAUCAUAUUGUUUAAACUAUAUAGGUAUAUAUAAUUCUAAUUAUAAAUUAGGGUUUAGAAUAUGCUAGAAAUUUACAAUUGUAAUUUUAAGAGGACAAAGUUAUGAAUCUACCUAAAUCUAAUCAUUUUAAAACAUUAGUUUUUGAUUUAGAUGAAACUUUGAUUCAUUGUAAUGAAAGUGUAGCUAUUCCUGGAGAUGUUGUAUUGCCAAUCACUUUCCCUACUGGAGAAACUAUCUAAGCAUCAAUCAAUAUCAGACCUUUUGCUUAAUAAAUACUUUAAACUCUAUCUCGACAUUUCGAAAUCAUUGUUUUUACAGCUUCACAUUCAUGCUAUGCUAAUGUAGUCUUAGAUUACUUGGAUCCAAAAAAACAAUGGAUAAGUCAUAGACUUUUUCGAGAUCAUUGUUUAUAAACUGAAGAUGGAGCUUACAUUAAAGAUUUAAGGUAUUUCAUUUUCUUAUCUUUAGAGUCUUAGGCAAUAGAAAAUUAAAUAAUAUUCUCUUGAUUGAUAAUGCUAGUUACUCAUUUGGGUAAUAGAUAGAUAAUGGAGUACCAAUUAUUGCAUAUUAUGAUAAUAAAUCAGAUUAAGUAAUCAAUAUCUUCAAAUUUAGGAAUUAUUAUAUUUACAAAAUUAUUUAAUGAAAUUUAGAAUGGUUACUGAUGUCAGAGAACUGAAUUCAUAAUUAUUAAAAAUGAACUCUUAUACAAAUUAUUAAGAUCCUUUACAUUUAGUUUAAGAUUUAUUCCCUGAUUACUUAACAAAAUGA